AGAUUCUGUCUCCGCCUCUCUCUGCUCCUCCUCUGCUCAUGCUCUGUCUCUCUAGAAAAUAAACAUUAAAAAAAAAAAAAAACAAACAGAAAACACUGAACUCCUGAUUCUUCCCCAUCCUAACCAGGUCUUUCUUCAGUGGUUCCAUCUCAGUAAAUGGCCACUCCAUCUUGCUCCCCGCACCCCCCCCCCCCAGUCUCUUAUCCACAGAGCAGCCAGAGGCAUUCUUUCCAAAACAGAAGUCAGAUCAUUUCAUUCCUCUGCUGGGAAUUUUCCAAUGAUCCCCAAUCUCACUCAAAGAAAAAGGCAAAAUCUUUACAGUGGCCUCCACAGCCCUAUAUGGUCCAUCUUGCUCCUUCAUUGUGCACCAGUUAUCUCCUCUGUGGGUUCCUUCCUUUGGCGGCACUGGCCUAGUUGCUAAUUCCUUGAACAUCCCAAAUGAGUUCCUGUCUCCAGAUCUUUGCACCUGCUUUUCUGACUUCUGGAAUGCCCGUCCUCAGAUAUCUCCAUGGGUUCGUUCCCUCACUUCCUUUCCCAUCCCCCUAUAUAAAGCGGAAUCCCACCACCUAUCUCCUUUACCUUGCUCUGUUUUUCUAUCACUUUUGACCACGGAUAACUUUAAAGGCUUGAAGUAGAAAACCAGUAGCAAAGCACCUCCUUGGAGCAGGAACAGGGGAGAGAGAUACUGAAGGGGAAAGGGGCUUUAUUUUGAUGUUGGGGUGUGGGGAGGAAGCAGGGAACUAGGGCUGAGAGUUCACGGACAGAAGAGCCUACCUUCCUUUGAAGCACCAGCAGGCGGCACUGCCUCCUUGGGCCGGGAAGGCAUCAGCCUCUGGUAGAGAAGGGGGCAAAGUUCUUUCUAGGGUAAUCCCGCAGAUUUGUUGGGGCCAACCGCUCAACUGUUGGGGUUUUCCCUGAGAGUCCGACGCAGUCGGACUGUGGACCCUUUGGUGCCUCCGGGCGGUGGCCUGUGGUGCUACAACAGAAGGCGUGACAGGCGGAGGGUGGGCAGCACAGCUGAGCUCACCGCUGAGGGCGCAUCCAUCCCUCCUGGGCCUAUAAUUUGGGUUCCCCGGGCCUGGCCGCCCCUAUCAGCGGCUCAGCAAUAGAUGAGUCACCCGGGACCCCGGGCCAAGGCAAACAUGAGGGGGGGGGGGAGGAGGAGGAGGUUCCCGAGGCUUUGCUCUGCAUUAGCCACCGCCUCGGUUGCUCGAUCCCCCAAUCUCCCGGGGGCCCCCACUCUUCUCUUUGACCCCCGCCCUCCAGGGCUCCAGUGUUCUUCCCAGAUUGUUCUUGCUACACCCACCCUCCAUCCUCAUGAUGGGAAGGCAGCCCUCCAGUCUUCUCAUCGAAGGGAAGGAGGACCAGCUUGCUCCCACUCCCUCCCCAGAGUAAUGACAGCCCCUCACUUUCCCCCUCCUGUCAUGGCCCCAACCCCUGUCAAGGUCUCUCUGGUUCCCGCCCCUCCCCUUUCCUGGAGCUGGCUGCGUGCUUGGGGUAUUAGGCAAUGGGUGUGUACCCGCAGCCCUCUCCAGACCCCGCCUGCUCCACCACCCUCCAGCCGCCUGCGGGUCAGUGCUUAGGCCAGCCGGUCGGGCCAAGGGCACUGAGGGCCAGUUCAGGCCACCCAGUCUGCCUGCCUGUGGCCUUCUGUCCCAGAGCUGAGCUUCUGCAUGGAGAGGGAACAGGAGUAUGGCCCCCUGGACAGACCAGCUUGGGGAGCCCUGGAGUCACUGAGAAGUUGAAGUCUAUGGUGGUAGUUCUGACCCUGGCCAUUCCUUGGCACCUAACUACACUACAGCCUGACAAGGGUAGAAUCAGAAGAAAAAAUCAGAAAAAAUGUCCAAGAGGUCUCCACAAGAGAAGAGGAGCAUAGGAAACCUUGUCCCCUUCCUCCAGGGACCUGAGUGGAGUCCCAGGCUAACACGCAGGCAAAAGGACAAGGACGUUGGCAAGGAUCGCUGAAUCCAGGUGUAAGGAUGAAAGCUACUGAGAUUGCAGAUUCUGGUGGCCUCAAAAGCCACACAUGGUUUGGGUCUUGGCCUCUAAACAGGAAGAAGAGGCAGGGGCUAUAGGGCUACUUCUCCUGCUUCCCUGCCCCCAGAGGCGCAAAAGCAAAGAAAAGCAACCCUCUUCUUGUCAGAGCUGGCCAGUGUCAGGAACCAGGGCACUUUUACCUCCCCAGCCUACUCAAGACUUGGUACAUAAAGGUGGUCAAAAAAAAAAAAAAAAUACACGGGCAGAUGAAAGUCACUGCCCUCUCUCAGACCGCUCUGCCCCCUAGACAACAGUGCCCCCUGCAGCACAGGGCAGGCUCUGCAGCAGCACAGGCUGGAGGCUGGCUGCCCAGACGAGCUGCAUGGCCACCACCAAGGAAGAGAUGACUGUGGCUGUGGGUUUCAGCCCCGUGGCUCUGCUUCCCCAGGGGGCCUGUCUCUGAGUCAACGUGCCAGCCUCGGGCGCGCGGGGCCAGUCGUGCCUUGGGCUGCGGUCUGGCAGGGGCGGGGGGCGGCUGGGAAGCCUGGGGCCCCUCUCUGGCAAAAAUAGCCCGCAGUGGUUAGAGCUGGGAGGGUGAGUCAGGCAGGAGCGCAGUGGCUCCUAACCCCUUCACUGCCACUGGAACUCCCUAAGGUGGUUUGUCCUGGUCUGUGCACCCCAAGAUGGGACUCUUUCCCUGGCUGUCCUCAGGCUGAGCUCUGUUUGAGAUCCCAAGGCCCUCCUCAUUCCAUGUGAAGCACGUCUGAAAGCAUGGAGCGACGAUAUGGGCCACUCCAAGUACAGACUGGGGGAUCCUGGGAAGGGCAGGAGAACUCCGCAGGCAAGGAUGCCUGGAAGCCAAGGGAAGCAGAGGAGAAGGCUGAAGAUCUUUGGGGCUACCCAAGCCUCUGCUAGGACCAAACUCUGAGGCCAAGGCUGACCCCUCCCAAGGGGCAGGCUCAGAGCUCAGAGGUGGGUGGAAGCCAAGCCACCCAGAAGGGAGCUUUUCCUGCCGGCUCUGAGUGCCUUGUGGUGCGCUCUGGCUCAGGGCUCUGCACAGCAGUGUCCAGGGAGAGAAGUUGAUUCUCAGCUCCAGCUUCAUCUUGUCAAAGGAACUCUCCAGCCAUCCAGCUCUCCUUGGGGAAACCGAGGCAAAGAGAAAUGACCACGUGGGACCAGGCUGCUAUCUCCCUAGUCUGGGUCCCUGCACCCUCCUUGCAGACUUGGCUACCCAGAGCAGGUGAGAGGCACUUUGGUCACCACCCCCUUCAGUGGGGCCAAGCGUGAACCCAGGCGUCGGGGGAGAGGGUGUGUGUGUAGGCUGGGAGGAGGGGGAGCGGCUGCGCUCCCUGGGUCAAGGCGGGGGGUGCGAGGAGUGGGGUGGGGAUGCCCGGGGCUCGGGGAGGGGCCGCAACUCUGUCAGCCGCAGCAGAGCCGCCUGUGAGCUCGGCACGAGUAGAGUAGAGCCAGAGCCCCCAGUUCUUUGCUAGACCGCUCGCUAGCUUUCUCGAUCACUCCCUCCCUUCCUCCCUCCCUUCCUCCCGGCGGCUGCGGCGGCGGCGCUGGGGAAGCAGCGAAGAGGAGUGGCCCUACCCUGGAAGAAUGCGGCUCUGCCGAGGGGGCAGAACCCGAGGCAGUCUCCCCACGGUUUGAGAAGCCCGAGCCCAGGCGACCCAACCCUGCCGGUGGCGACCCCGCACCAGAGCAGCUGGAGGCCGUGACCGAUCUGCCCACCGGGGCCUUCGGGCCCGGGCUUCGACAUGCCGGAGGAGCCCCGGCCGCGGCCUCCGCCCUCGGGCUUUGCGGGUCUCCUGUUCCUGGCGUUGUGCAGUCGGGCCCUCAGCAAUGAGAUUCUGGGCCUGAAGCUGCCCGGCGAGCCGCCGCUGACCGCCAACACCGUAUGCUUGACACUGUCGGGCCUGAGCAAACGGCAGCUAGGCCUGUGCCUGCGCAGCCCCGACGUGACCGCAUCCGCGCUUCAGGGCCUGCAUAUCGCGGUCCACGAGUGUCAGCACCAGCUGCGCGACCAGCGCUGGAACUGCUCGGCGCUGGAGGGCGGCGGCCGCCUGCCGCACCACAGCGCCAUCCUCAAGCGCGGUUUCCGGGAGAGUGCUUUUUCCUUCUCCAUGCUGGCUGCAGGGGUCAUGCACGCGGUAGCCACGGCCUGCAGCCUGGGCAAGCUGGUGAGCUGCGGCUGCGGCUGGAAGGGCAGUGGUGAGCAGGAUCGGCUGAGGGCCAAACUACUGCAGCUGCAGGCACUGUCCCGGGGCAAGAGUUUCCCUCACUCCCUGCCCAGUCCUGGCCCCGGCUCAGGCCCCAGCCCUGGCCCCCAGGACACAUGGGAAUGGGGUGGCUGUAACCAUGACAUGGACUUUGGAGAGAAGUUCUCUCGGGAUUUCUUGGAUUCCAGGGAAGCUCCCCGGGACAUCCAGGCAAGAAUGCGAAUCCACAACAACAGGGUGGGGCGACAGGUGGUGACUGAAAACCUGAAGCGGAAAUGCAAGUGCCAUGGCACGUCGGGCAGUUGCCAGUUCAAGACCUGCUGGAGGGCGGCCCCAGAGUUCCGGGCAGUGGGGGCAGCGUUGAGGGAGCGGCUGGGUCGGGCCAUCUUCAUCGAUACCCACAACCGCAACUCCGGAGCCUUCCAGCCCCGCCUGCGUCCCCGUCGCCUCUCAGGAGAGCUGGUCUACUUUGAGAAGUCGCCUGACUUCUGUGAGCGAGACCCUGCCGUGGGCUCCCCGGGCACUAGGGGCCGGGCCUGCAAUAAGACCAGCCGCCUGCUGGAUGGCUGUGGCAGCCUGUGCUGUGGCCGUGGGCACAACCUGCUCCGGCAGACACGAGUCGAGCGCUGUCAUUGCCGCUUCCACUGGUGCUGCUACGUGCUGUGUGAUGAGUGCAAGGUCACCGAAUGGGUCAACGUGUGUAAGUGAGGGCCAGCCUCGCCACAGCACUGGGGAAGGGGAGGGGCACCUUUUCAGCCUUUUGCUCUGAUUUCUGUCCAGGGUCAGUCCUGGCUCCUAGAAGCUCCAAGUAUCUACCUGGAAGCAGCUUGGGGGUGGUGGGGGUCAGGUAGAGUCUGUGAUGUGCAGCCUUCUCCCCCACGGUAGGAGGGCCUUGGAGGGAAAGCUGUCACCCCUCUUCUGCUCCUUAAACACCUGAAAUGAGCUAAGAUGAAAUGCACUGUAUUGCCUCCCUCUCCCCCACCCUGGGGUCCCUUUAGCUCUGGUUCCUCUUCCUUCUGGCUGGGGAGUCCCUGUAGUUUGACCCCUCUUUUCCUUUGAGGGAUAGCCCCAGGCACUGUGUGGAGCCGGAAGACCUGUAUCCAGGGAGACCGCUCAUUCCUACCUGCCAUUCCCAAACUCUUCUACAGUGAUCUGGGCCCACUCUUGUGGGGUAAUGGGAGAUGGUGGUAGAGAGGUUUUUCUUGGGGAAGAGACAGAGUGCUGGAGGGGGACCUCUCCCCUGAGUCCUCAGAGGGUUGUUUGUCUAGGUCCUUAGGGAAACUAUCCCUCCCCCCGCCUUCAGAUGUUAAAGGGAAACCUCCAAAGGAAGAAUUUUACCUAAGACUCUCUUGAGCCUUUUAUUCUUUCUUUAGCAGGAGGGAUGGGGAUGGAUAAUUUAUUGUACUGAGACUUGUUCUUGGUUUCUGUUUGUAACUAAAAUAAAUUAAGCUACUGGA